AUGGCCACCCACCUUGCCGCAGUUUCUCUUGCAAAAGGCAAGCCCUUUGAGAUUCAGACCCGCCGCACGCCAAAACCAGGCCCAGGCGAGCUCCUCAUCGAGGUCAAGUCUGUGGCCCUCAACCCGGCAGACCGCUUGAUGCGUGACCAAGGCAUUUACAUACCCACCUAUCCCACGGUCAUCGGCUUUGACAUCUCGGGGCUCGUCGUCGAGGUCGGAGAGAACGUACCUACUGAUGCUUCUUAUGGAGGCCCGGGACCCUUUUUCCAACCCGGCAUCACUCGCGUCGCCGCCUACGCCGCCUCCGUCUGGAAGUCCUGCGAGCCUGACUACGGCGCCUUCCAGGAGCGGUGCCUACUCCCCUGGCAACAUGCCGUGCCUCUACCGGAUGAAGGCAUUUCUUGGAACCAAGCAGCAACCCUGCCCGUCGCUGUUCAGGUCCCCCUCAGCGCGUGGGAUGCCAUGGGGCUUCUGGAGGUAGGGGCAGCCGCUAUUCCUUCUUCCGUCUCCGCCAUCCCAGCCAGUCCAGAUGCCAGAGGAGAGUCCCAAGAAAACAGCCAUAAGAGAGAGGCCCUGUUGAUUUGGGGCGCCUCUUCUAGCGUGGGCACGAUGGGCGUGCAAACCGCCCGCCUGCUGCGGGAAGACCACAACAGUUCUGUCAAUGCUGUGUACGCCACGGCUGGGGUGGCGAAUCACAAAUACGUGGGCUCCCUAGGCGCGGAUCGUGUCUUCGACUACAAAGACCCGCAGGUUGUGGACGCAAUUGUUGCGGCGGCCAAAAAGGAUGGCCUAGCGAUCCGGCACUGCUUUCUUGCCACUGGGCAGCUGGCGCUGUGUCAGGCCGUCCUCAAGGCUUUUCUCACAGAUGAUCACGAAAGAGGGGGCCAGAAGGCGAAGAUCGGGUCGGCGGCGGUUGUUCCUGCCGAUGCGGAGGAGAUCAAGGGAGCGGAAACCAUAUUUUUGAUGCCGUCGAUGGACGACGAAGAGAAGAGGUUGGCUCAGUUUCGGUAUUGGAUGGGGACAUGGCUGAGGGAGAACCUAGUCAAGGAGACCAUCAGGCCGAGUCCGGAGCCGAAGGUCGUGGGAAAGGGCCUGAAGGCUAUCAAUGCCGGUUUAGACAUGCUACUUGAGGGAGUGAGUUGUACCAAGUUGGUCGUCGAGGUAGCGGAGUGA